GGGAUUAAUUAAAAAACUGUAUAUUUGUGAAUUAUUUAAUUGAAUUGAACUUUCUUAAAUAAUAAUAUAGAUCUAUAUCAAACUAUACAUUUAUUUCCACAGUUAUGGUGCCGUUUAUAACAGAAAUGUAAUCAGAUGUAUAACUUUUAAAGUAACAACAAAUGUAAAGAAAGCUAAUUUUGUUCUCAAAACCCUUUCGGACUAUUGUGACGUUUUAUCGUUUAUUAGAAAAGUGUAACUUUUUAAAAAAGGCUGAUGAAAUUUUACCAUCUGCUUGUGAGAUCUGUAUGUAGAUCUAUUAUUGGUUUUGGACAACCAAAACACAGUUUAUUUCCGGGAAAAUUAGACACUUGGACAACUGCAUUAUUUUGCCGUUCUCAGAGCCAACACAGCUGGGGAUCAAAGAAAGCAAAGCAACGUCGAUUACAAUUAGCACAGCGUUUGAUAAUGUCAGAUCCUGUUAUUGAAGCUCAGCUAGCACCACUUCGUAGCGCUGUAAAAGAACAGGGUGAUAUAGUAAGGCAGUUAAAAGAAAAUGGAGCAGGUGAUAUUGACUUGCAAAGAGCUGUGGCGGAACUGAAGCAUAGAAAAAAACUGUUGGAAGAUAAGGAGUUGGAGCUCUCGCCUAAAGAAAAUUUUGAUCGUCUAAAAAUGGAAGAUCUUCUAAAACAAAGAUUUUUUUAUGAUCAAUCAUUUGCCAUUUAUGGUGGUGUGAAUGGUUUGUAUGACUUUGGUCCCAUGGGAUGUGCCAUGAAAGCCAAUUUUCUUCAAGCCUGGAGAAAACAUUUUGUUCUUGAGGAACAAAUGUUAGAGGUAGAUACAGCUAUGCUCACACCAGAACCAGUCUUGAAGGCAUCAGGUCAUGUGGAUAGAUUUCAAGAUUACAUGGUGAAAGAUUUGAAAAAUGGAGAAUGUUUUAGAGCUGACCAUCUGAUUGAAGCAACAUUUGAAAAAAUGCUUGAAGAUAAGAAAACUCCAGAAGAGACCAAAGAAGAAAUAAGAAAGCUACUUCCCCUAAUAGAUGGCAUGAGUAAAGAUGAUAUGGGAAGAACACUUAGACAAUACAACAUGAAGUCUCCCGUUACAGGCAAUGACUUGACUGACCCAAUUGAGUUUAAUCUUAUGUUUUCAACCUCUAUUGGGCCCACUGGACAAAUAAAAGGUUACCUUCGACCUGAAACUGCACAAGGCAUCUUUGUGAAUUUCAAACGCCUGCUUGAAUUUAAUCAGGGGAAAUUACCAUUUGCAGCUGCUCAAAUUGGAAAUUCCUUUAGAAAUGAAAUUUCCCCUCGUUCAGGACUUAUUCGAGUAAGAGAGUUCACAAUGGCAGAGAUUGAGCAUUUUUGUGAUCCAUCAGACAAAAGCCAUUCAAAAUUUUCAAAAGUUGCAGACCUUGAAAUGUGUCUAUACUCAGCGUGUAAUCAGAUGGAUGGUAAGCCACCAGAGAAAAAAACUAUUGGAGAAGCUGUGAAAACAAAACUAGUUGCUAACGAGACUCUAGGUUAUUUUAUGGCUAGAAUUCAUCUUUUCAUGGUCAAAAUGGGUGUUGAUCCUUCUCGCUUGAGAUUUCGUCAACAUUUAUCCAAUGAGAUGGCUCAUUAUGCAUGUGAUUGUUGGGAUGCUGAAUGUAAAACUUCUUAUGGCUGGGUAGAAUGUGUUGGAUGUGCUGAUAGGUCUUGCUAUGAUCUCACUCAGCAUACUAAAGCCACAGGCGUCAGGCUUGUUGCAGAGAAGCCUUUGUCUUCACCUAUAUCUAUUGAUGUGACUGAAUGUGUGCCACAGAAAAGCUCAAUUGGUAAAGCUUUUAAACAGGAUGCCAAGGUCAUAACUGAUUACCUGACUGGUUUGACUGCUGAAGACCUCAACAGUUUUGAACAAAGUCUCAAUGAGAAAGGAUCAGUUGAUAUUGUGAUCAAUGGUAAAUCAUUCACUCUUAAUAAAGACAUGAUUCAAGUGAAAAAAUAUCAGAAGACUCUUCAUGUUGAGGAGUUUGUUCCCUCAGUGAUAGAACCAUCAUUUGGUAUAGGGCGUAUAAUGUAUACAAUAUUUGAGCACAACUUUAAAAUCAGAGAAGGAGAUGAACAACGAACAUAUCUAUCAUUGCCACCAGUAAUAGCACCCUACAAAUGUUCAGUGCUACCAUUGAGUCAGAACUCAGAAUUUACUCCAUUUGUUGAGAAGCUUUCUGCCCAGUUGACCAAUUUAGAUAUUACUCACAAGGUGGACAAUAGCAGUGGCUCAAUUGGCAGACGUUAUGCAAGAACUGACCAGAUAGCAAUCCCAUAUGGCAUUACUGUUGACUUUGAUAGUUUGAAAGAGCCUCACACAGCAACACUUAGGGAAAGAGAGACAAUGGAACAAAUCAGGGCACCUAUCUCUGACUUGCCUCAAAUUGUCAAGGAUUUAUCAGAUGGUAGACGUUCAUGGGACAAUGUAUUAAACAAACAUACACUACUUCCUAAAUUUGAACAUCAAGAGUCCACUAAAUAAGCUGGCAUUGUUUCUCUAUACUCUCAGGCGUACUUAACAGGUGUAUAGGGUGGUGAUGGUAUAAGCAACACUUAACACUAGGGGAGAGGCUUUGACAUGAUUAAAUUGUAGAUCUUUUAAAAUGUAGUCAUCUUCAAUUUUGUAACCUACCAAACGUCAAGUUGAAGACACACAUGGUGAACUGUCUUGAUUGUGUGUAUUGAUUUCAUCUAUUUUGGUUUAUUCCUAUGGUAUGGUGUUCACAAUCAUUUUUCUCUGGUAACUUUUUAAAAAUUUUUUAAAUAAAGUAUUUUCUAGCAGCAGUUGUUGUUUAUAAAAUCCAAUUUCUUCUUGUAAAAAUGCUGAUGGUUUGCAUGUAUUAUGAACUGAUUUGUGCUGCCAACAUUUUGUGUUCAAUGCUACCUUUAUCUCUACAUUUCACUUGCUGUACAAGGAUUUCUUGUAGUUACAAAUGUUGAUUUAGAGAAGAUGGGGACUAUUUGAGUAUGAGUAUAUACACUUUCUUUAUCAGGCAUGUGGCUUUGUUGUCUGUAUUGAAACAUGAUCUUUGUAUCUGAUCAAAUAAACUAAAACAUUUCAUGACUAACACAUAA